CAGAUUCGGUUGUGUCUUCGAACGAUACGGAAAGUUAUUUUUUUUUUACUAACUCUUUUUUUGGUAUUAUUAUUUUUGUACUAAUUAAUGGAAGAAAAUUAAAUUUGAAUUGAGUUUAUAGUAAUUUAAAAAUAGAUAACAAGAGGACCAGGAAGAAAAGAUAAAUAUAGAGAAUAAGAAGAAUAUAAAGAAGACUAGCAAGAAGAUAAUUUUGAUAAUUCCUCAAAACAAGACAAUACUUAAUUAUAAAAUGGAAUAAAUUUUUUUUUUUAAAUUUUGGAUGUAAAGUCCAUCGAGAGUUAAGGAGAGGAAAGAGAGAGGCAGUUUUAACUCCCUCCUUUUUAUAUGUAAGCCAUUCGACAUACAACUUCUGGCUGAGUUUCUAUCACCGAAGCUCGUUUUGCGAGUUCAGUUUGUUGGGAAGCAAUCACCGGACCAGGAAACCAUAAAAAGUCUCCAUGGUUUAUUUACUUUAUUCAGCCUAUAAAAAGUUACAUCUUCAUAUAUUAUUUUGAAGAAGAAAAAAAAUUUUUUUAAAUCUUACCAGUGAACAAGAUAAAUUUUAUAUUUAUAUGAGCUGUACCACGAGGGUAACACGAGGCAUCAUGUUUUUACGAAACUAUUCGAUACUUUUGAUAGCAACUUUUUUAGUAACUAAUGAUGCCAUAUCGCCACCACAAAAUCAACACUUUGAUAUUAAUGACUAUUUAUAUGGAGUGGAUGAUGAUCUUCAAGCGAGAGCUCGUGCUGCGAUAGAAACCGAGCAACAUGCGUACAGAAUAAAUUCCCGGAAUCAAGGCAGUUAUGGAAACUUAAGUGCCUGUGAAGAUGUAUGGGAAAGUCCUUGUCCACCAAGCAAGUACCGGACACCCUCUGGUACUUGCAACAACGUAAGGCAUCCAUCCUGGGGCGCCCGAGGCUCACCUUUUCUCAAGUUUCUCCCACCUGCAUACAGUGAUGGUCUAUCGAAGCCAAGAUCAUCAGUAAGUCGUCACGCACUACCAUCACCAAUAGACAUCAUCAAUCGACUCCAUAAAGUGACAACACGUGAAGAGCGAAAGGCAUUGACAAGUCUCACAGGCCUGUGGGCCGAACUAGUUCUUCGUGACAUCGCAAUGCCAAUUACACCUGGUCUCGAUUCAUUACGAUGUUGCCGCGAUAAUCGUAACCCCGAGUGCUACACGAGUCACGAUUUAAAUGGCAAAUGUACGCCAUACAUGAGAGCAGUACCAGCACGUAGUGCUUACGGUUGUAAAUUUGAAAACCGACAACAAAUGAAUGGUGCCUCGAGUUAUCUCGAUGGGUCAGAUAUUUAUGGAAGUACCGAUGGACAAAUGAACAGAUUGAGAACAUACAGAGCCGGUCGUGUUAACAUUGAAUCAUGUGAUACCUGUAAUCAAAUGGAUAACCCGCUCAAAUUUCUCUACACAGUCAUAAUAAAUGAACACAACAGAAUUGCUGGUAUUCUCCAGCAGUUGAACAAUAAUUGGGACGAUUCAAAAUUAUUUUUAGAAGCACGACGAGCUGUAGUUGCCCAAAUCCAACGUAUUACCAUGCAAGAAUUUGCAGCCAGUGUUUUAGGAGAAUCAGCUGUUGGCAAACAGCUAAAAGAAUCGACAAAUGGAUUUUAUCGCGAUUAUUCAUCAGCAAAUAGGCCAGGUACUUUUGACGCCAUUGCACUAGCGGUUCUUCCAGCUCUUACAUCACUAUCGAGGUACCCGCAUAAUAUGAACGCAACUUUGGAAAAUAAACUUGAUUAUGUUGCCAGAGGGCUCAAUCUCGAUAUUAUCGAAUCUCUUAGAUCUCGAUAUGCAUACAAUGGAAUGCCGCACAUUUGGAAUACCAGCACACUAUUGAUCCACAUGGGACGGGAUCAUGGUAUUCCUGGUUAUUUCGCUUUUCUAGAUCACUGUAUAUCAGCAGCAGGAUCUCCGACACGAUUUAUGAAACCUGAAGAUGUCGCAAUUAUUCAAAGCAUUUACAAUAAUGUCGAAGAUAUUGAUUUACUUGUUGGCGGAGUACUUGAAACUCCGAGCAAAGGUGCAGCUGUUGGUCCAACAUUUUCUUGCUUACUUAUAAAUCAACUUGUUAAGCUUAAAAAUUCAGAUCGGUUCUGGUAUGAAAAUGACUUACCGCCAUCGAGUUUUACGAGCAAUCAACUUAAGGCAAUAAAACGCGUAAGUUUAAGUAGUUUACUGUGUGCAAAUGCUGCGGUAUCUAGUAUACAGCCAAUGGCAUUUAUACAAAGUGAUGAAUAUUUAAAUACUAAAAUCGAUUGCGACAGAUAUAAUCCACUUGACUUAACUGCUUGGAGAGAAGAGACUGAUAGCUCACUGAAAAAUUCAUUGCAAGAUAAUAAAGAACAGAGUAAAGUAGAAAACGAAAUGACUCCACUUAAAGUUAAAGCAAACCAAUGGGCCAAUAAGGAGUCAUUAAUUGACCCACAAGUAUUAAAAUUAGCAUUGAAAAAAGCUGAACAAGAUUUGAUAGUACGUAAAAAACUUGAGUACAAUUCGUGGUUGCAACAGAAAACAGCGGAUCCUAAAUCACCAGCUGGUACGGCUGCUAGUUUUUCAAAAGCCAAUAAAGAUGCUCUGAUUCUUGCUAACUCUUCGAUAUUUUAUGAGCUGAUAACAAACGAAAUAAUCAACGGAGCACAAGGACUCAAACGUCGUAAGAGACAAGUGUUUGGCAGCUCGAAUGAUUUCGACUUUACAAACACUGGAGAUCUUUCAGAUCUACUGCAAAAUGUUGACUUGACAAACUUUUUACCAAAUUCCCGUGCUACAAAUCACGAAGAAAUCGAUUGUCCACCAGAGGAACACAUCUGCGAUCCAACUAGUCCGUAUCGUACUUUCACAGGUCACUGCAAUAAUUUACGUAAUCCUAGUCUUGGUAAAUCAUUGACAACUUUUGCCCGGCUUUUACCGCCUGUUUAUGAAGACGGUGUUUCUAAGCCGCGAAUAAAUUCUGUUACUGGAAUUCCUUUGCCAAACCCACGGCUCAUAUCUAGAACAAUUCAUCCCGAUAUUUCAAACCUUCAUAAUCGGUAUACUUUGAUGGUGAUGCAAUUUGCUCAGUUUGUUGAUCAUGACUUGACAAUGACACCGAUUCAUAAAGGAUUUGCUGAAUCAAUACCCAGCUGCAGAUCUUGUGACUCAGCUCGUACUGUUCACCCUGAGUGUAAUCCAUUCCCCGUACCACCGGGUGAUCAUUUUUACCCGACAAUUAAUGAAACAACAGGCGAACGUUUGUGUUUUCCAUCAAUGAGAUCAUUACCAGGACAGCAACAUCUAGGACCGCGUGAACAAAUAAACCAAAACACUGCGUUCCUCGAUGCGUCUGUCGUUUAUGGAGAAAAUAUUUGUAUCGGUAAUGUAUUACGUGGUUUCAGUCAAGACGGACGUAUGAAUAUAACCGUUCAUCCAAAUCGCGCUAAAGAUUUAUUGCCGCGAUCAGCAACUCAUCCGGAAUGUAAGUCUGCAUCUGGAUACUGUUUUAUAGGCGGAGAUGCUCGUGCUGCUGAACAGCCAGCACUCACUGUAAUGCACACGAUGUGGGUACGUGAGCAUAACAGAAUAAUGGAAGGUCUGAGAAAUGUAAAUCCACAUUGGGAUGGUGAGAAACUUUAUCAAGAAACCCGAAGAAUCGUCAGCGCAAUGAUUCAACAUGUGACUUACAACGAGUUUUUACCUCGACUACUUGGAUGGAAUGCAAUAAGUCUUUACGGUCUUAAACUUCUGCCCCAGGGUCACUACAAAGAAUACUCGCCGACUUGUAACCCGAGUAUUCUUACAGAAUUCGGUGCCGCGGCUUACAGAAUAGGGCACUCGUUAUUGCGCCCCCAUUUGCCGCGAAUGGAUCAAAAUUACCGGCCUAUGGAUCCGCCUAUUCUUCUACGCGAUGGAUUUUUCAACAAUGAUAUGCUGUACCAGCAGAGUAUGGUGGACGAAAUGAUUCGGGGAUUGGUCGCAACACCCAUGGAAACAAUGGAUCAGUUUAUAACCGGCGAAGUAACGAAUCACUUGUUUGAAAACAACAAAAUACCAUUUUCCGGAGUUGAUCUCAUUGCACUUAACGUCCAACGUGCUCGAGAUCAUGGUAUCCCUUCAUACAAUAAUUACCGUGCGCUUUGUAAUUUAAAACGCGCGAAUACUUUCGAUGAUCUUUCAAGAGAAAUGGCGCCAGAAGUUAUCGCCAGAUUCAAAAGAAUUUAUGCUCACGUUGAUGAUAUAGAUCUGUUCCCAGGUGGUAUGAGUGAACGACCUCUUCAAGGUGGUCUUGUUGGUCCAACAUUUGGCUGCAUAAUCGCAAUACAAUUUCGCCAGUUACGUAAAUGCGAUCGUUUUUGGUAUGAAACGAACGACCCUAAUAUUCGUUUUACUGAGCCGCAGCUUAAUGAAAUAAGAAAAAACACAUUGUCGAAAAUAAUUUGCGAAAAUAUGGACUCUCAUGUUGAAAUGCAGCGCGCCGCAUUUGAUUUGCCAUCGAAUUUCUUGAAUCCUCGAGUUCCUUGCAGCUCAAUGGCUGCGAUGGACUUUAGCCCUUGGCGAGAAGUAAGACACGGAGGAUGUCAAAUUGGAGGAAGACGAGUAUCUAUUGGCGAAUCUGGUUUCCCUACUCCUUGCACGAGUUGCAUAUGUACUGACGAAGGCACUCAGUGCGCGUCACUGCGAGUCACGAAUUGUGACCAAUUAUUACGUGAAGCUUCACGUGAAUCCAUUUUACGUGAUGAAAUUUGUACAGCACAGUGUGGAUUCGCUCUUGCUACGUCGAACCAAUCUGCGAGACAAUUUUCAUCUUCAUCAUCAUUUGCUACAGCUUCUAGUAAUGCAUUUAGUGGUUUCAAACUUCCCGAUCUCUCACAAUUUCUCGGUUAAUUAUCAUCUUACUAUAAACGUGUAUAUAUUUAAUAACUCGUACUUUUCACAUCAUUGUCAAGAGAGUCUGAAUCAUAUUAACUUUAAGUAUACACCCUGCCCGUAUGAAAAAACAAUAUAUGGUUAAAAUAUAUAAAAUCAUAUAUGUUUGCAACGAAGGUAUAUAUGAUAUAUCAUAACAAAUCAUAUAGAGAUUUUGGCCGAUUUAAUAUAAAAUUAUAUACAGUAGUAAAUAUAUGUAUUUCAUAUAUGUAACUUAUGUUUUUUAUAUUAAGCUGUAUAUACAUCUACAUUUACCUUAUAAUAUAUUGUAUUGA